UAGAGAGAAAAUGGAAGGCUGUGCUAGGUAGCAUCCCAGCUAAGGGAAGCCAUUAAAUAACUGGGAAAUUAUCUUUUUUGUUUUUAAAUCUCAGCCCUAACACCCAUGGAUGUCAACAUGGACCCAAUGGAAAAUGACAUUGCUGAUGAUGAUAAUUCAGAAGGGCAGCAGAGCCAAUCAGAAGGGGCAGACUCAAGUGUGAGGCCGUCCCUUUCUGAAGUGAAAAAGUCCUGGGGCUUCAGGAGGACAACCAUUGCAAAACGGGAAUUCUUAGAUGAAGUUGGAGACCUAAGCCACAAUCCUCCACCUGUCCGCAGAACCAGGGGGCGCAAAUCCAACCAGACAUCUCAGGCUCCGCAAGAAAGCCAUACCACCCAGAGAGCUUCUCGUGCGACCACUAGCGUCAUAGAUGAUCUCGAGUGGUCUGCGCCAUCCUCACCUGCGUCGGAGGAGAGCAAACCAGCCUCAGAAACUUCAGCAGGAGGGAGCCUUGACCCCAGUUUAUGGCAAGAUUUUGGGUCCGCCUUCCACACUGCCUUCUCAUUGCUUGGUGGGGGUGAGGAUUUGUCAAUGGAUAUGCCCGAAGCAAUGGCAAUCCCUAAAACUUUGGAAGCUAAUGAUGUCAUUGAGACGCCUCCUCCACAGGUCACAGAGCAAACUGAGGUGGCUGAUGACGUAGAGUCUUCUGAUGAGAUGGAGAUUUCGCAGCCUGUAGCUCUUGACAACAUGGCAGGAAGGGAAACUGAUGAUGUGGUCUUGAUCUCUAGUCAAGAAGAGGACAGCGAUGAAAUGACUCUUACACAGAUCAAGGAGCAAAUGGCAGCUAAAGGCAGGCAGGGCAAUACGAGAGCUAGAGGGGGGAAAGGUGGAAGAGGAAAGGCCAGAGGGAGAGGCAGAGGAAGGGGAAGGGGAAGAGGUAGAGGAAGAGGCAGAGGGAGAGGUAGGGGAGUGGAGAUUCUGUCGAGCAUUGCCGACGAUGAGGAUGGCGAGGUUGUGCUUGUUAAUCCAGCAGAACAGCAGCUGCAAGAGGAGGAAAAAGCAAACGAUUCGCAUAGUCCGUCUGGAAUAGUGAUCUCACCUUUUCACUCUGAUAUCAGUCUGAGUCCUGCUCAGCGAUCAAGCUCAGACUGUAUAAUCAUAGACACAGAUUUAGACCAUGUUACUGACGGGACUCCUGGCCAGUAUGAUGAUGCACCAGAGGAGGAGGAAAAGAAAAAGAAAGUUCAUCAGAAUGUAGAAGAGUAUUCAGACAUAUCGGUCCCUGGUGGUCCUGACUCAAAUACUCUGUGCUGCAUCUGUCGACAGAAACAGAACAAAAGAUUCAUGAUCUACUGUGACAGUUGCCAGGACUUGUUCCAUGGUGACUGUGUCGGUGUCAGUGCGACUCAGGGCCGUAAGAUGGAGAAGAAAGGGCAAGAGUUCAUCUGCCCCCGUUGCACUACACAGAGGCAGAGCCAACUCCAACCUGAACCUCAACUCCACACUCAGCCGGAGCCUGAGAUGAGCUUUCCUGUAUGCUUGACAACUCCUGGUGAAGAAGGAAAGGGGAAGGAGGAGCUGCAUGCUCUCAAGGAGGCUGUAGUGUUGGAGGAGGAGAAAGAGGAGGCGGUUCAUGUGAUGAAGUUGGAGCCUGAACCGGAGGCUGAGAUGGAGACAGAGAGUUCUUUUCCUUUGUGUAUUGGACCUGGAUGCUCCAAACAUGCCCUGCAGGACUCUGUUUACUGUGGCACAGAGUGCAUCCUUCAACACGCUGCCUUCACUAUGAAGUCUCUUUCUGGCCCUAAGGUGCCUAAAUCUAAAGGGCGGGGAAGGGGAAAAGCUGCCGCUGCCAGACCCACAGCCAAGGGUCAGAGGUCUGGUAGGAUGUCAAAGAGGUUAGCAGAAAAGGCUGAGGAGAAAAACGAAGAGGAGGUGAAAGAAGAGGAUGGAGGGCAGAAAGAGGCUGCAUCUCCCUUAGUCUGCGACCCCUCAGAAGUGCAGGCCUCCCCCAUACCAUCAUCUAAGUUUUACACAGCGUCUAAAGAAGAAAGUAAACCGGUGGAGGCUGACAGCAAGGCUGAAACUGUUUCAACACAAUCUCCAGAGAACAUCUCCACAGAUGCCCCUCCAACCUCUGAGCCUGCUACUCAGCAAGCCCCACCACAGAACCAAUCUCAAGAGAAAACGCAGGAGCAGCAAAAGGACUCAAUGAACAGUGGGAUGUCUAAGCAGAAAUCUGUAGAAUCCAUUCCCUGUAAAAUUACCAACCCAGUAGAAUCAGUUCUGUGUAAACCAACCAGCCAAGAAAAAACUAAUCUGUCAAGAGCCACACAAUCUCCAUCAACCUCAGCUCCCAGACAUCAUGGAACAGGGGCCCUUAUGGUCAGUAAGACCACAUAUGUCAUACCAAAGAAGCAGUCCGGACCCCAGCCUCAAUCUAGUCAAGGGUGCCCUUCAGUCCCUGGCCAAAAGCCUUCAUCAGCCCCCUCCCUGCUGAAUGAAACCAGAAAUUUGCUGGUGCCACCUGCACCAAGUGCUCCCUCCUCCAGACCCCCUCAGCCCAACAACCAGGUCAGACAGAGCAUCCAGCGCUCCCUCACCAGCAUCCUGCUCAAAAGGGUGUGUGACUGUGAGGAUUUGGAGAUGUCUGAAAGUGAAGUGGCAAAGCUUGUCGCAAGCAUUGAGAUGGAGAUGUUUGACAUAUUUCGCAACACAGACAGCAAAUACAUGAACAAGUACAGAACCAUAAUGUUCAACCUGAAAGACCCAAAAAACAAGGGCUUGUUGUUUCAUGUUGUACAUGGCGAGAUCACUCCCUUCAGACUGGUCAGGAUGAGCCAGAAGGAUAUGCAGGCUGUCAAAGCAUCAGAGCCAAGUCAAAAAGCAACAACAGAGGUCAACGAUGCAGCUGCGAAAGCAGCGAGUUUGCUGCAGAAGCCUGAGGCAGUAAAGGUUGAUUUGCCUAGUUUGAAUCCUGCCAGACCAAUUAAAAGCAGGGUUGCCACCGAGGACCAAAAGAAAAGUCUUCCUGCUUCUUCUUUCAAGGCCAGAGUAAGCCAGCCAAGCCAGGGCAGCGCAGCACCAGAUGUUCUUGCCUGUAUGCUUAAGGACACAACAUCAGAACACAAAGCUCACCUCUUUGACUUGAAAUGCAAGAUAUGUACUGGCCAAAUACUAGCUGGAGAAGAUGCAGAACCUGCUAAGAAAAAACCCAAGGUUACUGAAACAAGCGAUAAAUAUGAUAACCCUCGGAGACAGUCUGCAGGAGAUGACUCCCCGCUGAUGGCUCCACCUGACUCACCUGACAUGGAUUCUCCAACAUCAUCCCUAAUUGAUCCUUCCUCCCGCCUUAUCAUUGACACUACAGCUCUGACUAUAGUAGAGUCUCCUGCCUCCCCCAUAAUGGAUUCUCCGGCUUCCCCAACUUUAGAGUCACCAGCUUCCCCUGUCAUGGACUCUCCUGCAUCCCCAACUCCAGAAACUUCUAAAGCUUCCAUUCCAAAGAGGGCAUAUACACCAGUUGUGAUUCCAGCUGUCUCCACAGUAACCAUAACGAGAAGGGACCCCCGCACUGCUGCAGGCAGAUUCAAUCCCUCAUCUAGUCCCAUUAACACAACCCCAAACCAAUCAGCUCCUUAUGCUCCUUUUAAAGAGAUAAAAUCUACCUUGCCCUCAGCACCAGCCUCUUCAACACCACCAAAGAAGAAAUUACCUAAAUCUAUCUUGAUGAAACCAACUUCCUCAGCAGAUCCGAGACUCUAUGGCACAUCUUCAAGGAUGAUGACAUCUGAAUCUCCAGCUGAUGGUGAGACUGCUAAGUUUUUGGCUAAGGAAGACAUAGUGUGGAAGGGAUUCCUAAACAUGCUCACUGUAGCAAAGUUUGUCACCAAGGCAUAUCUGGUUUCAGGACCUGCUGAAAACCUAAAAGCGGAUCUACCUGACACCAUUCAAAUCGGAGGACGAAUCCUGCCUGAAACUGUGUGGGACUAUGUUGCAAAACUUAAGACCUCUGUUACAAAGGAGUUAUGCGUGAUCCGGUUUCACCCUGCAACAGAGGAGGAGGAGGUGGCAUAUGUCUCCCUGUUUUCCUAUUUUAGCAGCAGAGGACGUUUUGGUGUGGUUUCUAAUAUAAGCCGUUCAAUCAAAGAUGUAUACCUCGUCCCACUCAGUGCAAAGGAAUCAAUUCCAUCCAUACUACAACCUUUUGAAGGACCAGGACUUGAAAUAAACCGACCUAAUCUCAUUCUGGGUCUGGCUAUCAUUCAGAAGACAAAACGUCCAGGGAACUUGCCUCUGGAAAUUGAGGAGAAGCGACCAAAAGUUCAGAUGUCCAAAGACCCUAUGUGGAUCCCAAAACCUCCUGUCCUCUAUGGUUCUGACAAAUUGGAGAUAUUCCAACCUUACGAUCCAGAAACUCCUGCAACCACCACCCCUCCCAGUUCUCCACCUUGCCCUGACUCCCCAUCAGGAUCCUCCUCUUCCGGCUCAGUCACCAUACCAUCCCUUUUGACAUCCAUUACAACAAAGCCUCCUGCUGCGACAUCAGCCUCUGUCACUGCCCCUCACUCCUCUAGUAGCCUCUCUGACAAGGAUCUUUCAUCAGUAUCCAGUGAUGCAACACCUCUUCAGACUAUCUUGAAGACUUUGUUCAACAAUAAGAAAACAGACUUAUCUGAUGAAAGUUCUACAAAAACAGUUAAUGUAAAAAAGGUUCCAGUGUUUUCUCAGGUGUCUAGAUCAAUAGUGGACCCAAUUGUCCAACAGUAUGGACAGAAAUCUAAAGUUAAAGAAAUUGAAGAGGAGGAAAAUGACUUUGACCGACCCUAUGACCCAGAAGAGGAGUAUGAACCAGCUAAGGGAUUUGGAAUGCUUGCUUCAGAGAUCAUAGAAAAAAAUAAGGGAGAUGGCCCUGCAGCAUCAAACUUUGUAGAUGAUGGUGUGGCCUAUGAUCCAGAGGAUGAGACAAUCUUUGCAGAUUUUCAUAGUGAUGCUGUAACAAACCUUCCUGUUCCAACCCCCCCUCUUUUAAUUCAAACAUCAGUUUCUUCAUCAUUACCAUCUUCCACUCUGCCCGAAGUUACAACCUCUACAUCCACUCCAGCACAAACGUCUGUCCCCACUGGAGUCACAGAGCACCUUCCUAUAGGCACUGUGGUUGUCUCAGCUGCAACACUAACCGAACAACAGCGGAUGCUUGAGGAACUAAAUAAACAGAUUGAAGAGCAAAAACGUCAAUUGAAAGAGCAGGAAGAAGCAUUACGCCAACAGAGAGAGGCUGUGGGUAUGUUCAUGGCUCACUUUUCUGUUUCUGAUUCUCUUAUGUCUCCCCCAUCAAAGCCUUUGCCUCUUAACCAGCUGUCAUCUCUGCAGAGCAGUUUAAAGCAAACAGAGUCAAGUCCUUCGGAAUCAACAAACAAGAAUAGCCACCUUACUGAGACUGUGGACAGCUCAAAUGUGGAUUCACAAUCUGUUAAGGUAGAAGACACAACUGCUACUCCUUACUUAAAAAAUGAUACAGAUAGUAUUACAGAGCAAUCUGAAACACAGGAACAUGUUAAGGAAAGUGACAAGUAUUCCUCUGCUGGAGAGAUUGAAGAUUCUGAUGUUGCUUAUGAUCCUGAGGAUGAAUCACUUUUCAAUGAAAUUCAAGAGGAUGUAUUUCAUGUUGGGACUCGUGAUUCAUCUUUGGCUGGAACAGAGCAUAGUACCAGUCGCAAGAGCAGUCCAAUGAAUAACCAAAGCAGAAAGCGGAGGCUAUCACCAAAGAGGCGCAGUCAUCGUGAAAGAGACAGACAUAGAAGUCCUUCAAGAAGAUCACAGAGGCGUUCUCCUUCUCAUUCCCGUAGGCACCGAGCAAGAGAUAGACACAGAAGAAGUGAAAGGGAGAGGUCAGGUCAUAGAGCUAGAGACCAGUCUGAACGCCAGGGUCACCGUAGAGAGCGGACCGCUUCUCGACAUUCUCGUGGACAUAGGAGAUCCCCAUCCUCUCAAAGAAAAAAAGAUUCUGAGUCCCCUUUAGCAAAACAGCAUAGAGAACAUUCCCCUCAAGUCCUUGCGAAGUCAAAACAUUUAACUGUUCCGUGUACUGAUCCAGACACUUCUGACUCUGUUGCUGGACAGUUUGUUGAGAGUAACACAUCAUCAUGUUUGUCACUAACUGUAAAGAAAGACCCUGAUGGACAUCAGUUAAAAGGUAAUCUUACUGAGAGCCUUGAUAUAGAACACAAAGUUCUUCACAAUGUGAAGAUUGAGAUUGUAGAGCCAUCAAAACCCCAAGAACCCCUAAAACAUUCCAUCAUUGACCAUGAUGACAUAGGUCGUAGUUCUUCUGCGGAGUUUGAUAAACCCUCUAAACAUGAAACUCUGCUCUAUGACAAAAUUGACAGUACAAUUCCAUUAAGAGAGAUUGAUCCGCCCAUUCGAGAUUCUCCUGAGAGCCCAGAUCCAGAGCCACAAUUUUUUAAGCCUAGCAGCAAAGAGCAAAGCGGAUCUGCUCUAAUUGAGGAAAUCAGAGAUCCUAUGACAUAUAACAGUGUCUCAGUGCCAUCUGUUAAAGUUGAAAAUAAUUGUCUGUCUAUCAGUGGGCAUGGAUCAUUUUCCAAUGCACUGGGGCCUACUCCAAUAUCAGCUGUUUUACAUUUCGAUUGUACAGCUCAAAAUUUUAAUUGUCCAGUUAAAGAUGAAGAAAUGAAAGAGGCAGAAAAGCAAAUACAAGGAGACAGCUUGGGUUUCAAUUUUCCAGUAACACUGCAUCAAGUGGAAGGACAUUCAAAUCAAGCUACAGGCUCAGAUAUUCAGAGCUCAGAACCAAUCAUGGACCCCAUGAUAAAGUUUCCAGAAUUGAGAUUUCCAGGGCCUGACAUGAAUGGUCCAGGCAUGCUAAAUACUAGAAAAGUUGAUUUCCAACAACCCAAUUCUGAUAGCAUCAUUCCAGGAACAAGUAUGCAAGGUUUUGGCAUGAGGGGUUCGGUGCAAGAUAAUGAAAGUUCUAGUAUGCAUGGCUUGAAUACAAAAGAAAAAGGACAGAGUUCUCAUUUAAGACACAGUGAAACUGAAAUGAGAAGACACAUGCCUAUAGCAGCAGCUACAAAUUUAGAUAAGGGUAGAUCAGGCAUACAGAAUCAGAUGAGAGAUCCAGAAACAAGUGAGGCAAGUCCAUCUUUAAGGUUCUCAGAAAGAGAAAGUGGUAGGUCCAAUAUGUCCUGCACUGAACAAGACAGUAAAGGGUCUAGAGAACAUUUAAAUCGGCCAAAGUCCAAUGUUAAUUCUGAAAUAGGAAUGCAUGGCACCGACAUGAGAGAACCAGAAACUAUACUUAAAAACAUUGGAGAAUUAAGUCCAAACAGGAGAGAAUCAGACAUGCAAUUAAGAAAUCCACAGGGUCAGUGGCUAGAGGAGAGAAAUGAACAAAUGAUUCAAGGAAAUAGAGGUCCAAUGAAAAACAAUACUAAUUCAGAUUGGAGAGGUCCAGGCCCUGAUAUGAGUGGUCAGACAGGUCAAGAUAAAGGUCAGAGUCUGCAUAUGAGGGGUCCAGACUGGAAUGAUCCAGGAACAGACAGGAGAGAUGAAUGGAGAGGACCAGAGAGGAGGGGAUCAGGUCCAGUCAGAGUAGGGCAAUUUAUGCGAGAUGAAUGGAGAGUCAGGCCUGAUUGGAGAGGUCAAAACACAGAGACCCAGGGGCAUGACAGAAAAAGUGCAGUGAACCAAAUUUUAAGAGAACCAGUGCCUGAAACACAUCCAAACACAGAGGACCCCAUGUAUGAAAGGAGAGGACAAGUAGGUCCAGAUUUUAAGAGACUAUUGCCUGCAAGAAGAGGCCCAAUUAAUGACAAUGUAGGACCUAACAUAAAUAGUUCAGGAACUGACAAUUUUCUUGGAACAAGUCUUGACAGCAGAGGUCCAGCUAUGGAAGGUCCUGGAUUUAAAAGGGGAGAAGAUGAUUUUAGGGGGCCAUGGCCUGAAAAGAGAAGUUCAGAUAUGGUUAGUUUAGAGCCUGGCAGGAGAGGACCAAUGGACCAAGAUGUAAAGGCCCAAAACCCUGGAAGUAGAGGUCAGACUAGGGCUGAUAGGCAACUACCUGGGCAUCCAGAUUUUAGUGAAUCAAUGCCUGAAUGUAAAGAUCAAUUUAUCAAGGGUUUUAGGCCAUCCAGGAGAGAACCUGGGGUCCAAGAUUUCAGAGGAUCAACCCAUGAAAGGAGAGGUCCCCCAAUGGAGGAUCAUGUAACUGAUAGGAGAGGAACUGGAGGUCCUGAUUUCAAUUCAAGGCAUGGGUCUGACAUGCUGGAAGGUCAAGAUUUCAGGGGUUCGGGGCCUGAAAGGAGAAUUUUAUCCAGGGAUUAUCUUGGUCCUGACAAUAGAGGACCCAGAGGUGAAGACUUCAGAAGACCAAAGCAUGAAAAUAAAUGUUCCCCUAUGGAGGGUCCAAGGCAUGACCCAAGGGGACCAGGAGGUCCAGAUGUCAGAGGACCAGGACCUGAGAGGAGAGGUCCCUCUAUGGAGGGCCCUGGGCAUGACACAAGUGGACCUGUAAUUCAAGAUUUCAGAGAACCAGGUACUGAAAGGAGAGGACCCCCUAUGCAGGGGCCAGGGCCUGACACGAGAGGAACGGGAGGUCCAGAUUUCCGGGGUCUGGGUCUUGAAAGGAGAAGUCUCCCUAUGCAGGGCCCUGGGCCUCAAAGGGCAGGACCUGGAGGUCCAGAUUUCAGGGGACCAGGUCCUGAAAGGAGAGGUAUCCCUAUGGAAGGUCCUAGGCCUGACAGAGGAGGAUCAGGAGAUCAAGAUUUCAGGGGACCAGAUACUGAAAGGAGAGGUCCCCCUAUAGAGGAUCCUGGGCAUGACACAAGAGGACCUAGAGGUCAAGAUUUCAGGGGACCAGGUCCUGGAAGAAGAGGUCCCCCUAUGCACGGCCCUGGGCCUGACAGGAUAGAACCUGGAGGAUCGGAUCUCAGGGGACUAGGUCCUGAAAUGAGAGGUCCCCCUAUGGAGGGUCCUGGGCCUGUCCUAAGAGGUCCAGAUUUCAGAGGACCAGUGCUGCAAAGAAGAAGUCCCUCAGUGGAGGGUCCUGGGCCUCACAGAAAAGGACCUGAUGGUCCAGAUCUCAGAGGAACAGGUCUCCAAAGGAGGGUCCACCCUAUGGAAGGCCCUGGGCAUGACCCAAGAGGCUCAGGAGGUCCAGAUUUCAGAGGACCAGGGCCUGAAAGUGAAGGUCCCGCUAUGGAGAAUCCCUGGAUUGAUGGGAGAGGAACUCUGGAUCCAAAUCUCAGAGGGUCAGGGUCUGAAUGGAGGGGGCUGGCUAUGGAGGGACUGGAACCUGUCAGAAGGGAUUCUGGAGGUUCAAAUUUCAAUUUUCCAGAGCCUGACAGACUAAAUACAGGAUUUCAUGGAUUAAUUGGUCCAGGUCAUGAAAGACUUCACACCAUGGAAAAUCAAGAGCCUUGCAAGAGAGGACCAGUACUUCCAGAUUUCCAGGCGAUGGGGCCUGGCAGAAGAGGACCAGGAAGUCCACACUUAAGAGAUGCUGGCAAUGAAAGGAGUAGUCAUUCUAUGCCAGGUCCUGGGUCAGACAGGAGGGGACCACUUAUCGGGGUAUCUGGGCCUGAUGGUCCAAGAAUCAGGGGACCAGGGCUUCAGCAUUCAGGUCGAAACACACAGGGCCCAGGGCAACACAUGAGAGGUCCAGAUGGUCUUAACAUCAUGGGAUCUGGGCCCCUUUAA